AUGCAAGUGGCUGCAUCCUCUUUAAACCGUCAAUCUUCAGGUCAGAACCUGACAUGCAGCGGAGUGGGUCUGGUCACCUCUUCCUUAUGUGGGAAGACUUUUCAACCUUUAAUAAACAUUUUUAAAUGCAUCUCCUUUAUGCUUUGUGCAGAGUCCCAAGGCUACAAACAUCUUAUUUCUCACAGCAGAUGUGUUCUUGAAAAGUUUAUAGCAAAACCUAUUUUUGGACCUUCAGUCCUUUCAGAAUGUGUGUGGGCGGUGGGGAGGGGGGCGUGGAUGGACAGCUCUGCCACUGAAAGGACUCUCGGCCGCAGGUGGAGAAGUGAGGAAGUACCCAAUUCCUUAGCGCCAUGA